AUGUUGAGCUCGGAUCGACCGCCGGCCGCAUCCGGAAAGCUGUCGAUGACAAGCGGUUUGUCCUGGCAUCAACAACCAGCUCUGUUUUCGCUGGUGGUGAUUCUCGUUGCCCUGAGCGCGGUGGCCACAAGGGCCAGUGAUGUAAACAGCAUGGAAGAUCAGCCAAUACUGUCAGCCUCGACGCAUUUGUGUGGGGGAACUCUGACCGCCAGUCAUGGAACGAUCCAAACGCCUAACUUUCCGGAACGGUUCCCAGUUCCGAUCAGCUGUACCUGGAUCAUCGACGCUUCGGCAGUGGUCGGACCGAACGUUUCGAUUGUGGUUUAUCUUACGCAGCAGUACGUUCUUAGUGGGUUGCGGUUUACCGAGUACAUGUACUAUAGUGAGGACUACAAAGUACCGAGCCGAAACGUGUUCGUGCUGAGUGAAGAUGAUGUGACCAAUGUACCGUGGAUCAAGUUUAACAGUCCUUAUUUGGAGAUUAGGUUCACCAUGGAUAAUCUGUACGGAACGCAUCUAAGGGCACUGGAUCGGUUGUUAGAUGUGUAUGGUUUUAACAUAACCUAUGAAGUGGACUCUGUGAAGCCGUACCAAUGCAAUGCUUUGCAGUGUCGAUUCGUGGGCAAUUGCUAUGCCAAACAUGACUACUCCUCCUACUACUGCGAGUGCUACCCAGGCUUCAGUGGCAUCGACUGUGGCUAUGGACCACUUUGCAAGGAUUCGCACAUCUGUGAAAACGGAGGCACGUGCAAACACAUCGGUGACACCGCAGUCACCUGUAUUUGCCCUCCGGGCUUCAAGGGCAACAAAUGCGAGAUCAGCGAGUACGACGAAAUAACAGGCUGCAAUCUGGAUAGCGGCGAGGACUGCUUUCGCCAAUGUAUUUACACUGAGGAUGGCAGCAAGGACGCUUGCAAAUGUGAUCAAAGCAUAUCGUCUUCCGCUCGUGGUCGGGCGAAAUAUGGGGUGACGGUGCGUUUAGCCAAUUCUUCGUACUUCGAAACAAACGAAAACGGCGAACGGCAACUGAGUGAGCACACGGUCACUCUGCUGGAGAAGCACGUAAGUACUGCACUAUAA